AUGUCUGAAGAUAGAAACACUAUCUCACAAGAGAUCCUACCGACAAAUAUCGACAACCCAGUCAACCUGAUUCUAAUUCAUUCCUCAGCAGGCUCCAUAAAGUGCACGCAAAUUAACCUCCAGCGGGCAGAAGCAGCUAAUACGCAACUAGUGCAGCAUGUCCUCGAUCAUGAGAUAGAUAUCAUCCUUCUCCAACAGCCUUACUGCAGAAACGGCGCAAUAGCCUGUCUACCACUUUCAUGGAAGAUGUUCCAGCGGAAAGCGCAACUUAACGAACUACCCCCGAGAGCGGCGAUCAUUUGUUGUAAUCCACAAUGGUCUCCACUCAUUAUCAAGCAGGCACGAGAUCAUGAUGCAAUUCUCCUGAAUUAUAAUAUCUCCCAGAUUAUCCUAUCAUCCAUCUACAGCCCUCCACCAGAAGACAUCAGCAAUGCAGUAGAUAGUAUAGCAGAAAUACACAGAGAACAUACUACCAUUCCUCACGUAAUAAGUGGAGACCUAAAUGCGCACAACGUCAUUUGGGGAUACCCAGAUACCUCACCGAAAGGAACUGCGUUAGAAGAAUUUAUAAUGACAGCCAAUCUACAGUUAAUAAAUACUCAGAAUGUCCCAUCGACGUUCGACAAGUCAUACAACAAAGGAUGGCCUGAUUUAAGAAUAGCUACAAGUAACAUAGCCAACAAUAUAACAGAUUGGAUGGUCACAGACGACGAGAGUUGCUCUGAUCAUAAAUAUAUCCACUUCGCAAUUAAUACCGACACAAGCAUCACUAUCCUUAAGCGCUACAAGAUCCCAGGCAAAAAACUGCAUGCAUUAACAAAGGCUUUCUCGGAUACCCUACAGAGUGAAGAAGAA